AUGCGCGGCAUGUGGCGGGUCCGGGACAGACGUCUUGAUAGGGCAUUGCCAUUAUUGAUGAUGUGGAAGGGCUGGGCCGUCGCGCCGGCGGCCUCCCUCCACCUCGUCCCCGGGGAGAUCGCCGAGGUCGCGCGCAACAAGGUUUUGAUUGCGGCGACGGUGGCGAGCGCUAUCGGGCAGCUGUCCAAGCCUUUCACGUCGGGCAAGAAUGGGGGCGCCGGCGCCGGCCUUGACCUGAGGACCGUCUUCCGCUCCGAAGGGAUGCCCUCUACCCACUCCGCGGUGAAAACAUCUGAUAACCCACCCCAGUCCCUUACCAUUUCUUUUUCAGUUUCUGCGUUACUCGCCAACUUUGGGGAUACCUCUUCCACAUGUUUGGGCUGUUGUGCUAAGUUGUGA